AUGUUGUCCUCCAACUCUAUCCAAGAAAGCAGUUUUAUCUCUACUAAAUCAAAGCAAAUUCAAACCAUCCUGCCUUAUGGUAAGCACGAUCCCAAUCAGAUGGAGACGGCUCAAAAAGCACAAGAAGACAUCUUGUUGGAGCCAUUCCAUUAUCUCGUCUCCAAUCCAGGUAAGGAUGUGCGUGCCAAGAUGAUUGAAGCCUUUGAUGCCUGGUUGCAAGUACCCAAGGACGACUUGGUUGUGAUUACUCGAGUCAUUGAAAUGCUGCAUAGUGCUAGUUUGCUCAUUGACGAUGUCGAGGAUGAGUCUGUAUUGCGUCGCGGUGUUCCUGCUGCUCAUCACAUUUACGGUACCCCUCAAACUAUCAAUUGCGCCAACUAUGUCUAUUUUCUAGCACUGAAUGAAAUUGCAAAACUCAACAAGGCCAAUAUGAUCACUAUCUAUACAGAGGAAUUGAUCAACUUGCAUAGAGGCCAAGGAAUGGAGCUUUUUUGGCGUGACACAUUGACUUGUCCUACAGAGCAAGAGUUUCUUGACAUGGUGAAUGACAAAACUGGCGGUCUAUUGAGAUUGGCUGUAAAACUCAUGCAAGAAGCAAGCCAGUCUACCAUUGAUUACACAAGUCUUGUCAACAAGAUUGGCAUCCACUUUCAAGUAAGAGAUGAUUACAUGAAUCUACAAUCAAAGCAGUAUGCUGAUAACAAGGGCUUUUGCGAAGACUUGACCGAAGGAAAAUUCUCGUUCCCUAUCAUUCAUUCAAUCCGUGCUGACCCUACCAAUCGUCAACUGACAAAUAUCUUGAAGCAAAGAAGCAACUCGAUUGAGCUCAAGCAAUUUGCACUGCAAUUGCUGGAAAAGACAAAUACAUUUGCCUAUUGCCGUCGAUUCUUGACCGUUUUGGAAAACGAAGCAAGAGAGGAGAUCAAGUUGCUGGGAGGAAACCGCAUGCUAGAGAAGAUCAUGGAUGCAUUAAGCAUUAGAGAAGAAGAGGAGGAGGCUUAA